AUGGCCAACAGAAGAGUUGACAGUGCACUUUACAAUGCAUUGGACCGUUCAGACCCACCAGCUUCGCUGGAGGAGAUUCAGUCCAUUGUAGAUGCAGAUCAUGGUGCUAGUACUCGCUAUGUUCUGGUCGAGAACCGCCAAACUCCUCUGUUCCGAGCGUGUCUCUGUGAGUUUGCCAGAAUUGAUGUCAUUUUUUACUUGAUUGAGCAAUGGCCGCAAAGUGUCCACAUGCCAGAUGUGAACGGUGACUUGCCAAUCCAUGCUUCUUGUCUAUAUGGGCUUGACUUUGCCAUUGUCAAGAAGCUAGUGUCACAUUUUCCAGAAUCAGUGGGGAAGCAGGCGUCGGACUCUGAAACACCUCUGCAUCUGGCAGCUCGUCCACUCUGCAGCAACUCUGGACCAUCCUUGGAGCUUGUAAACUUUCUCUACCAAAGGUACCCCGAUGCUAUUCAAGUCCGCAAUGAUGCUGGUUUUCUUCCGAUCCACCACGCGGUACUGUCUUCUGAUAAUAGUGGGGAAAGAGACCAGAUGAUUCGCUUUCUUGCCAAAGCGUCUCCCAGGAGCUUGCUAGCAGGAGACAAUGAUGGUGACUUGCCUCUGCACAUUGCAUGCGGGUGUGGGCUUUCUCUGUCAGCCGUUCAAUUUCUAGUUGAGCUGGAGCCCCAAAGUCUCACUCGUAGAAAUCAUAAUGGGGACCUCCCUCUGAAUUUUGCCUUGCUCGACAAGGAGUCCCCUCUAGAGAAACUUGACUAUCUCCUUGGAAUGCAUCAGAAUUUCAACGACCCUGCAAUCUUGCAUCGGUGCUAUCAGAAAAACUCGUCAGGAAGUCCGCUGGUGGUGCAAUAUUUGAUUCAAAGGUUUCCACUGUGUGUCAAGGUUCAAGAUGAGCAUGGCAGAAUUCCAUUACACAAGGCUACACAAAUGCACGUUUGGGAGAGACAUGAUGCAGUGAUCAAGCAUGCCCAUGUCCAAGCGUUGGUGGGUGCUUACCCAAGGGGGCUGUUUGUCCGAGCCAACAAUGACAAGACACCAUUGGAGGCUCUUUUGAAUCAGCAAUAUGCAUAUCUCGAAGAAACUCGAGAGCUCAUGGAAGAGAAACUGAGAGACAUUCUAACUGUUUCUCUCAAAGGUAUUGCUGAGAAAUUCAACGUUCCAGAAGAGGUCCUUGUCCUGUCAGUGGUGCAGUACGUUGUUUGA